AUGGUUCGUGGCGCUAAGCACCUCAAAAGCACACAUGCCGCCGGCAGGGAGAUACACGUCCUGCCGAAACACUUUAGUCUACCUCUUCCAUAUACAUGGGUAGCGCGUGAUACGGUUAUCAAGACUAUAAAUCCCCGGUCCUUUUUACCAUCCCAGCAUAUCGCAUCAAUUCGUGAUGCCUUCCCCGGUUCCGUCGGUGCACAAGUACUCUUGACUGGCUGGCUGUUAGUGGCGUUUCCGGAGAAGAAAUCACUCGAGGCAUGCUGGGCCAAGGGUGUCCCGGACGAGGUCGGUGGUCUGCGUGUCGGGUACAUUCUAGCAUCGCUCUAUGGCACAGCUGAAAAUGUCGAGUUUGGUCGAACUGUGGCCAUCACAACAGUGACACAUGCAUUUGUCCGUAUUGCCCGUGUGACAGAAUGGGGUCCGUAUGAAGAGGCGCUUCAAGGCCAGCCGGUCUUCGUGCAUCGCUAUAAUGUUGGAACAGGAAGCUGGUGGACCCACCAUGGUCAUGCUGUAACAACACAAGCCCAGCAGUCUAUCAUCCAUGGGACCCAGUACAGCUGGGACGAAAGGACAGGGACGCAUGGCACAGCGUUGUUAUGGAGGACAAUUGGAGACACUGAUACUCAUCAACGGGCCUCAGGCAGUGUCUUAUGCUUAGGCGAACCCCAACAGGAGACUGCUAGAGCACUCCUCUUCCAAAACUUUGGGGGACCCCUAAUGGCUAGUGAGUACGUGAAGAACGCUGAGAACGACGAUUCCCCUCCUUUCAAAGGGGGGGUUCCUCUUGCCACAAGAGAUCCGAAACUCGCGAAUCAUUACGGCAGGAUAUAUACAUCCUGA